AUGUCGCAAAAUCUGGGCCGAUCUUCACUUAUGGAGAUGGCUACGAAGAAUAUCAGCGAAGCAGGAGAAGAUGAGCAUUUCCAUGACUUCGAGAGUCCCGUCCAAGGUCGUCUCCUGCUUUUUCGGCUGGCUAAACUCCGAGAUAACUCUCGUCUGUGUGACGUGACGCUGGUCGCCGAGGGAACACGGAUAAGCGCCCAUCGAGUCGUUCUUGCUGCAAGUACAGAUUAUUUCGAAGCCAUGUUCGCAAACGAUAUGGCUGAAAGCCGCCUG